UUUUUUCUAGCUGUUUGGGCGUGUUUUAGUUUUCAGUUACUCGCCAAUUGUCAGAGUGUGCACAACAUGGCCAUCGAUGAGCCGCAAGUGAUAGCGAUAAGCAUCUCGAGUACUAAGCCACAGGUGGGUCACCUGCAGCCACAGUCCACCAUGGUCAAUUGUCCCGCCUGUGAGCACUUUGAGUGGAGUGUGGUGCAAGUGGAAGCUGUCACCUGUCUACAGCGAUUUCUCAGUCUCACAAAAUUGUGGUAAAU